UUUCAUCUCCCGGGAAAACAUUGGAAUAUUUGUUCUCCCCGUCUUUUUGUGUUGGUGACAAAUGUGUGUUCAGAGAGGGUGUGUACAGUGCUACUGGGGUCGUGUUGCAAGUGGGAGGUUUUCCUUGGAAUUGGCACGCAUCUUAGUAAAAAAUAAAAAAAACGGCUUCGGGCACCUCCCUUUAACAUAACUUUUACCAGUUUGGAACUUGGGAGCGGCAGCAGAGGUUCUCAGAAGAUCUCACAAACAGUUCAACAUGACAGAGUCAGCUGAAGCUGUAGCAGCCGAUGUGGCGAGCAAGAGGAGUGUAACCAUUGAAAUCUCAAAUAUCACCAAUAACUACUGCCUCAUGAACCCUAGGGUAUACCUCGACAAUGGGGAAACAUACAACCCACCCCAGCCAACAGUGCGCCCUCUAAAUACAGAGGUGUGCACUUUCACUAAGUCUGGUGGCAAAGCAACUGGAAGUGUCGGCGUGUUUACCUACGAUCUUUACGAGAGGUCUGCGAACGACUACAUUGAGACUGUGGCCAUGAUGUUCUCGGUUCCCUGGGACUACAACCUGUACAAGAACUGGUUUUCAGUGGGCAUCUAUAAAAAGGGCCGUGAGUGUGAUGAGGCUCUGUUCAAAGAAAUGUACUACGAGAAGAAGCAGAAAGAACAUGGCUUUGUCAGGGAGGAAGCCACUGGAUCCGGAAUUAAUUAUGUGGGUGACUACCUAGAUAUCAAAGCCACCAUGGGGCCCCUGGGCAAAGCCAUCAUGAAGGUGGAGGUGUGGGAUAAGCUUUUCACACCAGUAGGCCAGCAGCAAUACUAACCCCCCCCCAGUAGGCCAGCAGCAAUACUAACCCCCCCCAGUAGGCCAGCAGCAAUACUAACCCCCCUCCCCCCCCCCCCCCUUACUAAUGUUUCUGUCAUCAGUCCCGCAGCAGAAUUCAUCCCUCCAUCUCCAGCUUUUCCCCUUUGAGACUCAUUCUAAAACAGCCAAUUCACACGAUUUCACAGAUGUAUUGUUGCCGACAUGUGUCUGUAUACUGAGGUAUUACCCUUCAGUUAAUCUGCUUAACAUCAGAGUUUAGUUUGUGUCUAAAUCCAGGCUGCAGUAACCCCCCUUCAUAGCAGAUACCUCCGUCUGUUUCAAUGGCAUCCGGCUUUAAAGCGGCAUCUUUAGAAAAGAAAAUCAGAGGAUGACUCACAGGAGGAUGCGGGCACAUAGAUUAAUCAAACAUUGUGAGCUUGUCUGUGUUUACCUUGACACUGUAGUCGGAGGAAUAAAAUGAACCUUUCUCUCUGAA